AUGGAGUUGGGAGACAAUAAAGAUGCCAUAGAUAGUUAUGAGGAUGAGAGAGAUAUACUGGAUGGGUCGGAUGGCCCAAAGGUCAAGAAAACAAGACGAAAGUUGAUCAAGUCGUGUGCAUUUUGUCGUAAGAGAAAACUUCGUUGUGAUCAAAAGAAGCCAAUCUGUUCAACUUGUUCGCAGAGAAGAUUUUCAACUUGUAUUUAUCCCUCUUACGAUGCAAGCGAGCAGAUCUUUGGUCCCGAACCAGUUCAGAUACCAUCAGCAGAAGAUGAUUUGAGGCGAAGGAUUGCAGAGCUAGAAACUAAACUGCGGGAAGCUCAAUUAUCCGACAACGAAGUCGAGAAAGUCCCAAAUCCGUUGAGAGAUCUUUUCUGGUUACAAACGAAGGAUAAUGGCAGAAGGAUUAUCUUUGGCCCCACAGCAAUGAGAACGUUUGUAAUGAAAUCUAACAAAUGGGGGUUUCUUGAGCUUUGGCGAAAGGUUAAGAUUGCAAGAGAUCAAUUGAAGCGAAAGACAGGUCACACCAUGCUAAAGGAAAACUGCCUGGUAGAAGUUCCUUUUACUGAAAGAACCACAAGCCACUUACCCUUGAAUCUGGUUCAGGAAACCUGUGCGGCGUUGCCGUCCUACGAAACGAUACUGAGGCUGCUAACGGUUUUCUUUGAGGAAAAGAAUCUUUUCGAGAUUAACGAAAUGUUGGAUCAAAAGAAGGUCAUUGAUGAUUUCAGAGCAGCUUUUGUCGCAGGUCCUCCAUUACCAUUGACAUCCGAAAGGCCAAUCGUCAACAUACUGCCUUUUGCGAAAAAGAACUAUUACCCAGUUGGUGUAAUUAUAGGUAUUUUAUCACUGGUGUAUUACCGCGUCAAAAUCCCAACUGAGAUUGAAAGAUUCUUGGUCUUCUUAACCGGGUUGUCCACAGCAAAAGUCAUGUAUGUUGAACGUAUUCAAAUGCUCUUCCUAAGGUAUUACUACCGGGCCUCUGUUAGCGGUUGUCCCGAUUCGAGCCAUUAUAUGAUACUCGUUAACUCUUUAGUUCAAGAAGCAGUGCAAAUGGGGCUAAAUCGGCCCAUUCGUACUGUAUUCAAAGAUCAGGAAACCCAUGUUGGUAGGCUCGAUAUCUUGGAAAAUUUGUGGUGCUGGAUAUUAAUUGCCGAUUUUGAUGUUGCGUUCCAUGGAGGACAAUCUCUGCAAGUGACCCCCGAGCUCAUUCACAAUGACAACUUUUUCAAUGACGACUCUAGGACCUCGUACGGGCUGUUGAAAAGAUUCUUAAAAAUGGUGAGACCGAUGGUACACUCGGUUUAUGGGAAAUAUAAACCAGACUUGGAAGCUCAUGAGGAGAAGAUCAUCGAUUUCAUAGAAACCGAACUGCCGCCAAUCUGGUUUCUAACCGAGGCCAAACGCGUUGAUGCGUUUUCCAUCGUCGAAGAAAGAGUACUGUGUCAUCUCUUAUCUAUGCUGUUAUCAUUUAACGGUUUACGAUUCUUGGUCUAUGGUGAGGUGUCCGCCAGGUUGAAGAACGGUGGUCUACUGACAUCAAUGAUAUCGUUCAUCGUCUGCAUCAAUUUACUGCACUACGCACACGAGCAGGACAUGAAGAGCUGCCCUCCUCUGACACAAAAUGACUCUAAAGAGUUGGGCCCUCAUUUGACCCGUGCCGUGACAACUACGGCGAAAUUGCUCGCACGAGCGAUCUCGAUGUUCUAUGGUAUAGCCUAUUAUAAGUUGACUCUUUUCGAAAGUGGCUUGAUGAUAGCCAACCCGCACAUAAAUGAACAAAUUUGUGACUUCAAGACACUGCGGGUUCAGUCAGACAUGCAUCUAUCACUAAUGGGAUCCUUCGAGUUAUUUCGAAACAUGUUUGACGGCCUGUUGAGUGAUAGACUAUUCAGAAUGAACGCACUUCGAUCCUACUCCCUAACCAUUUUUUUCACCAUGGAAAGAGUCGGCAGAGUAAUCAUCGAUAAAGUGCUUGAGUAUAGAACUAGCGCCGAAAACGCGUGGAUUGCGCAGUUCCAAAAGGACUUGACCCCUGAAGAUCCCGGUUUUAUUCUGAGUGCUGACGAGCCCAUGCCGCCAGCCUUGCCCAUCAACGAGGAUGAGAUCAAGCCAGACAUGGCGGGAUUAAUAUCUGAAGAUUUCUGGGCCAGUUACAACCUUGGCUUGGAAGAGCUCAUGAGCAAAGCGGACACUGAUAAAAUGUUUUCCGAUUUCAUGCUCUGGGAUUAA